AUGGCUGAAGAACCGCAACCUUCCAACAUCCAAGAAGGGGCCUCGGACGCCCCUGCCCCCACCGGCGGCGCCGAAGAUCGCAAAGCUGCCGCUGCACUUUCGAGUUUGGACGCGCAGGGAGACGAUGAAGCAGGAAAGAAAGAGGUGGACUCCAAGGCUGUGGAGAAGGCGAUGAAGAAUUUGAGUGUGAAGGACGGCAAGGGUGGAGAGGCGCAGAAGAAGGCGGUCAAGAUUGAGGCGAGCGAUGUGAACUUAUUGAUGUCGGAGCUUGAGCUUCCCAAACCCAAAGCGACCGAACUUCUACGCGCCAACGACGGCAACGUUCUAAAAGCUAUCACGAGUUAUGUGACGCCGGCUUUUGCGUGA